UGAAUUAGAAUAGGAAGUUUAAUGGGCGUCUUGCUUCGAGCCAUUUGCCUUCUGCCCUUGCUGUUUGCUCCUUCCUUUGGCUUCUUCAACCCCUUCGCCCCAAUCUUUGGCGGAAGGUUCGGCGACGGGAUCGGCGGCAUAUUUGGCAACGGCAGCCAGCAAGGUGCGGUCCCCGGCGACGGGAAUGAGUUCGAGACCCUGUCCAUCGGAGAAUGGGAGCUGGCGACGGACAACGCCGGGGUCUCUGCCAUGCACCUGGUGUUGCUCCCCAACACCAACAGGGCGGUGAUGUUCGACUCCACCAUCUUCGGGCCGUCCAAGGUGGCGCUGCCUAAGGGCCGCUGCCGUCCCAUCCCCGAGAGCAAGAAAAAGGAAGUCGACUGCUGGGCUCAUUCCGUCGAAUACGACCUUGAUUCCGGCGAAGUUCGUCCCAUCUUGGACCUGAAGACGGACACGUGGUGUUCUUCGGGAGGGCUUAUGACGGACGGGACAUUGGUGCAGACCGGCGGGUGGAACGACGGUGGUCGGGCCAUGAGGUUCCUCCGGACUUGCGAUGACUGCAACUGGAGAGAAAAUACCGUUGCACUUACAGGCCAAAGAUGGUACGCGACCCAGCAAAUGCUGGAGGACGGCAGCUUCGUGGUGGUCGGCGGGCGGCGAAUGUUCAGCUACGAGUUCUUGCCGGCGGAAGGCAAACGCAACACCAAGAACAUAAAACUCCCCUUCCUUCAAGAAACCAGCGACGUAUUCGAAAACAACCUGUACCCCUUCGUCUUCCUCGCCCCCGACGGCAACCUCUUCAUGUUUGCCAACAACCGCUCCAUCCUCCUCGAUCCACACAAAAACAAGAUCCUCCGCGAGUUCCCCGUCAUGCCCGGCGGUUCCCGCAACUACCCAGCCUCCGGCCAGGCGGCCCUCCUACCCAUCAAGCUCUCCCCCGGCUCCGACGACAUCACCGAAGAGGUACUCAUCUGCGGUGGCGCCCGCAACGACGCCAACUUCUACGCAGAAAAGAACAAAGUCUUCCUGCCGGCGCUCCAGACCUGCGGCAGAAUGGAGAUCACCGCCAAAGACCCCACGUGGGCAAUGGAGGAGAUGCCCACACGGAGAGUCAUGGGCGAUAUGCUCCUCCUCCCCACUGGCGACGUCCUCCUCAUCAACGGCGCCCAAGACGGCGUCUCCGGCUGGAAUCUCGCCGAGGAGCCCAACUUUGCUCCGGUGCUUUACCGCCCGGCGAAGCAGGGCAUCGACAGGUUUAGGGUUCUGAAGCCGUCUACAAUUCCGAGAAUGUACCACUCGUCGUCGGCGGUGCUUCCUGACGGCAAGAUUCUGGUGGCCGGGAGCAACACCAACUCGAGGUACUCCUACACCGGCGUGGAGUAUCCGACGGAGCUGAGGGUGGAGAAGUUCUCGCCGCCGUACUUGGACCCGGCUCUGGGGGUGCACCGGCCGGAGAUCGACGAGGAGAACGCGGAGAAGAAGGUUUCGUACGGGCAAAGGUUUAGGGUGCCGUUUAAGUUAAUUGAGUUCGGAGUAGACAAGGAGGACGUGAAGGUGACGAUGUACUCGCCGCCGUUCACGACACACGGGUUUUCACAGAACCAGAGGUUGGUGCAGCUAGGCAUGUUCGAUUUGUUUCAGGAGAUAGACGGGUACAAUGCCGUUGUAGAGGCGCCGCCCUCAGGGAAGGUGGCGCCGCCGGGGUACUACCUCAUGUUCGUGGUCUACCGCGGUGUACCGAGCCCUGGGAUUUGGGUCCAGAUCAAGUAAGAAGGAAGGAAGGAAUUGUGAAACUGUAAUUGAUUAUAUUGUUAAAUUGAAGCGAGCUUAUCGAUUGAUUUUUCAUCUACUCCACCUUCCUAACUCUUGAUCUGUUGGAUUUCCUU